AUGCUUAUGGAUCGACAAACUACACUACCAUCUGCCAAAACCCCAUUGGAUUUCUAUAUUCGCGUGCUAUAUGGCAAACGAGUGGGCAUUUCAGUAGAUGUAGGAGAGGCAGCCGGUCAUGAUUGUCUUCCUAUGUGGUUCCUCGAGCCCAAUUCUGCCGAAGAGAAAAUUCCAGCGAAACCGGAAUCUCGACGUAUCAAACAAUUUGCCCAAGGAGAAGUCUUGGAGGAUCUCGAAGACUUGGUCAAUACGCAAAUUCAGCCUUGGAUUGAAGCCUGUUAUAAUCGCCGAGAGAAUCAUGAGAAUUGCGGCCGUACAGUUGGUACGAAUAUCUUGCCAACUCGCCUCAUUGAUGUGGGAACCAUGAAUAACGAAAGCGUUCGGCUCAUCACGACAACGGAUUCCAUGGAACCCUCCAAACAUCCAUACUUGAUUCUCAGUUAUUGUUGGGGUAGAGGAAACGACGUUGCAAAAACGACCACAGGGAAUCUUGAGGAUCGUCUACGCAGCUUCGAUAUUGCUUACCUUCCUAAGACCAUACAAGAUGCAAUAAUUUUGACUAGACUGAUGAACAUCCGUUACCUAUGGGUCGAUGCAAUUUGCAUUAUUCAAUCCUCAGAGAACGAUGACUAUAGCGAAUUCCAAACGGAGGCGAGCAAAAUGCGAGAUUACUACGCCAACGCCGAGUGCUGUAUAGCUGCGUCAGUUGCUAAUGAUGCAGCGGAAGGAUUCCUCAGAGAAAGGCUGCUUGGGCGGUACCCAAUCCAGUUCAUUUUCCUAACCUACCCAGGUACUGUUGGUCCGGAUCGGCAAUCUAUAACACUGCAUUCAAAAGAAAACGUCGCGACAUUGAGGAAUGUUAUUGAUGAAUCGCCACUGUCAAAACGUGGAUGGUGCUUACAGGAGCUUUCGCUUCCACCACGUGUACUUCAUUGGACCUCUAAUGGGCUAUACCGCGAAUGCCAAUCUUCCUACUUUCUAGAGGGAAGUUCUAAGAAGUGGGAGACGUAUGAUUAUGCCGCUACUGCUACUCCUCGGGAUAUUUUAGCGAUGCCUGACGACAAACUCUUGACCCACGAUGGCUGGCAUCCCUUACUUCGUUUGCUAUCGGAGAAAGGCUUAACAUUUUCCAAAGAUCGGAUAUACGCCAUUCAUGGUAUUGCUUGUCUCAUCAUAGAACGACUUAAGGUUGAAUACUUUAAUGGCGUGUUCCGGCCAUAUCUUGCUCAAGGGCUUGCGUGGAACUACUCCCCUAGAGGUCCUUUCGAUGCAUUGCCGGAUGUAUCCGUAGAACCUAGGGACGACCGUUUUCCUACCUGGUGCUGGGCCUCGAAUGGGCCGGUUCAGUUUUCAGAUAUCCCUAAAGGUGACUGGCACUCCUAUAUUCAUGAUGUCCAUCCACAUAUGUUCCCGACGUAUCCAGGAAACACGAGCUUGACAGACAUCAUCGACUCGAAGCUUCAUAUCAAAGCGCCAAUAAUCCAUGUCGACCUGGUUUAUGAACCUUGGGAAUCCUUCCCUCCUUUAGGGAACGUUAAUAUUGAUUGCGAUGAUGGGGAACCACUAGACCAUUACUUUUGGGUAUGGCUUGAUAAUCAGCUUGGAUCAAAUCAUUCGACGGCCACCAACAUACUACAUAAUUCUAGUCGUGAUACAUUGCUCAAAGGGGUUACUGCCCAGAAAAACUGUGAAGAAUUCAGCGCCAUGUCGGCCAACACAACUGCCUCGCAACAAAAUGACAUGGAAUUUCCCAAGGAUAAUAAUACUGCAGAUAAGAAGAUUCAAGGCAAGCUUCCAAUUUUCUUCUCUACCAUAUAUCAUUACUAA